UCCUCAUCCCCCCUGCUCGCUUCACUUCGCUGGCGCUGGCACCGCUCCUCCUCUCCGUCCUGCCCUGCCGCCGGCGCCGCUGCCGGAGCUCGACGAGAUUAGAGCCGAGGUGGGGUGGUGGCAAUGGGGUAUGAGAGGAUACACAAAGUCCAGAUGGGCGUCGUCUCUCCAACCAAGCUCAGGAUGAAGCUGCUGAUGGGCUCCCACGGCGGCGGCGGCGGAGGCGCCAAGGACGCGGCGGCCGCUCGCAAGUCGCUGCGGGCGUCGCCGUCGAGUCUCGACGACGACGACGACGGUGACCACCCCAGGAACAGCCUUCUACCGCAAGAGCUCGACGAAGAGUACCCCAAGGGCCGCUCGGAUUCCUCCCGGUCGCGCUCCGACGCCAGCCGCGGCAGCAGGGCGGCGCCGCGCGGCUGCGGUAGUGGGAGCGACGGCGGCGGCCUCGAGACCAGCGGCGGCAACUUCGAGUUCUGCAGGGAGGAGAGGGCGGCGGCGGUGGCGGUGGUGUCCGGGGGGCCCUUCUUCCGGCACGUGCCGUCCAAGUGGAACGACGCGGAGAAGUGGAUCGUGGGGCGCCACGUCGUGCACUCCAACCCCAUCUUCGCCAAGAAGCCCGCCGCCGCGGCGCCGCACAGCCCCGGCGGCGGCGGCGGCGGCCGCGUCGCGCCGGAGUCGUCGAAGGGCGGCGGCGGCACGGGCGGCUCGGGCAGCGCGCUGACGGAGCUGUCGUCGAAGUCGUCCUCGUCGUCGCCGGCGUCGGUGGGCUGGCCGCCGCCGGCGAGCAGGCCGCCGCACAAGAAGCUGCGUUUCUCGUCCGCGGGCUCCGCGGUGUCGAUGCGGGACGUCGGCACGGAGAUGACCCCGAUCGCGAGCAAGGAGCAGUCGCGCAGCGGCACACCCGCGCCGUCGCUCAGCCCGCUCUGCUCGGUGCCGUCCAGCCCGAGGCUCGGCGGCGGCGCGUCCGCGUCGUCGUCCGCGGCGUCCGAGCGGGAGCUCCAGCUGAGGACCCGGCGCGAGAUCGCCGCGCUCGGGCUGCAGCUGGGCAAGAUGAGCAUCGCGUCGUGUGCCAGCAAGGAGGAGAGCCUCCUCGCCGCGUCGCCGGAGAAGGCCGCCGCCGCCGGGGCCGUCGAUGGCGAGAUCAAGAAAAAGGAGUUCGAGGCGCGCGCCGCCGCGUGGGAGGAGUCCAACAAGUGCAGACUCGUCUCAAGAUACCAGAGGAAGGAGGUGAAGAUACAGGAAUGGGAGAGCUUCCAGAAAUCCAAGUUCGAAGCCGAAUUGAGGCAGGCCGAGGCGCAGGCAGAGCAGAUGAAAGCCCGGGCGAAGCAGAAGCUGGCGAGGAGGCUGUCGGCGCUGAGCCAUACGGUGGAGGGAAAGCAGGCGAGGGUGGAGUCCCGGCGGAGCCGGCAGGCGGCGCGGCAGGUGGAGCGCAUCCGCAAGACCGGCCGUGCGCCGUGCCGGUUCCGGCGGUGCUGCACCUGGCUGUUCCUGUGA